AUGAUGGAGGUGCUUCCGUUUAACUGGUAUGAACUUCUGCUUCAUAACAUGUCCAACGGGACAUACAACGCUAUCAACAAUUCGCAGCUUCGUAUCUUGUAUCUGACGGUAGUGCUGAAUGUGGUCAGCAUUGUACUCAACGGCAGCUGCGCCCUGUCAUUGGCCAUGCUUCGUCGAUCCUGGAGUUCGAGGUUCGUUCUGUUGACGACGCUGCUGGUUUGCUACACUACACAGAGCGGAGGCAUGCUGUUCAACGUCGUUAGUAGGUUGAGGCGAUGGGCAAACGAGGAGGUGAUUUUUCUGACUCAACGAGAGUGUUUCCUGGAAACGGCAGUGCUGAACAUUGGCUCCUACCUCGUGCAGGACACCAGCCUCUUGUUGGCGCUGGACGCCGUUUUCGCGAUCUGCUUUCCGGUGUUCUACUAUUGUCGAUACAAAUGGUGGAUCUUGGCUUGCGAAUUUGGCUGCAUGUAUAUGCACGUUGCCGUAGAGAUUGCUUUGAGGUAUAUCAACGCGGCUGACAGCCCUGUCAUCGUGUGCACUGAGUAUUCGGACACGAACCUUGGUUUCGUCCUCAAGCAAGCCCGCCGGGACCUCUGUAUCAUCGCCGGUAACAUCUUACUCUAUCUGCUCCUACUAUGGUUGGUCAGACGAGAACAUAAUGGACUGUCUGAAGACAAAAGACCUGCUUUGGUGGACAAGAGCAAAAAAAGAACUGCUAAACUUCUGACUCUGUUUUUCUGUGAGCUGUCAUACUGUUUCGCCGUCGUUUCCGGAACCAUGAUUGACAUAUCCUUAGACAACGAAAUUGAUCCUUUAAAAAUUGUCAGAACAGCCAGUUUUGGUUUCUUGACUCAAAUAGGCGCCAUCAUGAACGGUGUUAUCAUCAUUACUCGUCUUAGAAUUAUUAGAGACUUCUGCAGUUCGUUUCUGACAUUGAGAAAGAGAAAAUUUUUUUCAAAUGAUAGCGCGGUGAUUGCCGUGAAAAGACCCUAUGAUCUGGUCAGCCUCCAUACGACGUGUUUCGAAAAAACGAAUAACAAUGACCUCAUUCUGUCGAUUAAAAAUCUCCCCUCAAAUUGA